GUGUCGGGAAAAUGAUCCAGAGUCUGUUUCUCAUAAACUGUUCCGGUGACAUAUUUCUAGAGAAGCACUGGAAGAGUGUUGUGAGCCAAUCUGUCUGUGAUUAUUUCUUUGAAGCUCAGGAGAAAGCUGCUGAUGUUGAAAAUGUACCACCUGUCAUUUCAACACCUCACCACUACCUCAUCAGUAUCUACCAAGAUAAGCUCUUCUUUGUGUCUGUCAUACAGACUGAAGUGCCACCUCUCUUUGUUAUUGAGUUCCUACAUCGAGUUGCUGACACUUUUCAGGACUACUUUGGUGAGUGUUCGGAGGCUGCAAUUAAGGAUAAUGUGGUCAUAGUAUAUGAGCUCUUGGAAGAAAUGUUAGACAACGGAUUUCCACUGGCAACAGAGUCUAACAUUUUGAAAGAACUGAUUAAACCACCAACAAUUCUUCGUUCUGUUGUCAGCUCUAUUACAGGCAGUAGUAAUGUUGGGGACACACUCCCCACUGGGCAGCUGUCCAACAUUCCAGGGCACCAGGUAGGAAUAGAAUACACAAACAAUGAAGCCUAUUUUGAUGUUGUUGAAGAAAUAGAUGCAAUUUUAGGUAAAUCAGGAUCUACAGUCUUUGCAGAAAUUCAAGGAGUCAUUGAUGCUUGCAUUAAGCUAUCUGGAAUGCCCAAUCUCUCUCUCUCUUUCAUGAACCCAAGGCUUCUAGAUGAUGUCAGUUUCCACCCCUGCAUCCGAUUCAAGUGUUGGGAAUCUGAACGAGUUUUGUCAUUUAUCCCUCCAGAUGGAAAUUUCCGACUCAUAUCAUAUCGUGUCAGCUCACAAAAUCUAGUGGCAAUACCAGCGUAUGUGAAACACAGUAUUAGCUUUAAAGAGAACAGUUCUUGUGGCAGAUUUGAUAUAACAAUUGGACCAAAGCAAAAUGGGAAAACUAUUGAAGGAAUUACAGUGACAGUUCACAUGCCAAAAGUUGUGCCGAAUAUGAACCUGACACCAACACAAGGCAGCUAUACAUUUGAUCCAGUCACUAAGGUAUUAACAUGGGAUGUGGGGAAAAUCACUCCACAAAAGCUUCCAAGUCUUAAAGGACUGGUAAAUUUACAGUCUGGAGCACCCAAGCCAGAAGAGAAUCCUAGCCUCAACAUACAGUUCAAGAUCCAGCAGCUUGCUAUUUCAGGCUUAAAAGUAAACCGCUUGGACAUGUAUGGGGAGAAGUAUAAGCCAUUUAAAGGAGUCAAGUAUGUCACGAAAGCUGGAAAGUUUCAAGUGAGGACAUGAGAAGAGGCCAAAAUUCCUCAACAAGAUCAAUUUGUUUUCAAGUGUCAUUACAAUUUAUUAUUAGGUACCAAAUGGGCGGUAAUACAUAUUCUAGUUAAAGCAUUUGUGUUGAGCUAUACACCACUAACAAAGUUAUUUAGAAAUUGAUGUAGGGUUCUUAAGGAGCUUUAAGCUAAGGAAUCUUUUCUAAUGACUUAGCUUAUUUUGUAUCUUUUCACUUAGGAAGAUUAUGGAGGUGAUUUCUUCCAUAGGUGGGUGCCAGCUGGAUGCUGCACACUGUAACAGGAAAGGCAGAAGACUACAUUGAUGACCUCACUUGCUCUCCUAAAGCCAGUGAAUUGGUCUUAUUCAGCAGGAACUGUCUCAAUCAGUGAUGUGACAUGUCAGGUGCAGCCAAAUGUCACACCUCCUGAUCUUAGCCAUCUCAGUCCUAUCUGUCCUAACAGAGGAAAUUCCCCCCACCCAAGAAGUUUACAAAAACUGCCUCUUCAAGUGUUUGCCUUAUUCAGCUUUUCACUUGUGCCAUUAAGCAAGCACUGUAGCAAAAGCCACUUCCACAUGGCCCUGGCAGGGAGCACUACUGCUCCAUGCUCCAUUCACACUGUACUUGGUAUUGUAUUUUUUAUAAUAAGAUUUUUAUGUAAAGCUCAA